AUGCAACCAGAGCCUUCUGCGGUACUCCCAAAGCCCACAGAAAGCAGCAACGACGACGACACAACCAUCCCCACCCAACAUGGACGCGAGCACAACGCAGCAGUCCCCGCGACUCCAGCAGACGAUGUUGGAGCAGGGUCGGGGACACCUGCACUCAGCGCGGAAGAGCAGAUCGCCGCAGACGCCGCGCUUGCCGCUUCACUGCAGGACGGCGGCGGGCGUGCUGAGACGGCCAGAAGACUGAGCCCGGAUCGCACGCCCUCGCCGCCAUCGAAUAGUAUUGGAUACAACAGGAUUACAGAGUAUGAGAACGCCUCUACGCCACCGGUUAGAAAGAAAGAGGGACCUGGAUUCGAGGUCUUGAAGAAGGCUAGAAGUCCUAGUGACACAAGGUCGCCUGUGCUGGAGUUGCCGAACGAGGUCUUGAUACAUGCCUUAGCUCACUUGACUCCAUCCGAUCUCACUUCUGUCUCCUUGGUCUCGAAGCGCUUUCACGAUCUGGUCAUCGGACCUCAAGCAUGGAGAAGCGCGUUCGCGCAUUAUUUCCCAGGCUCUGAGUCGCUGAAUCUUUGGGCCGACGAUGACGACCACGAGAAGCAGGCCGUGGUCCGCUCAGAGAGACGCGCUUUUACGCGUUUGACUGCGCUUGCUUCCUGGCGGAGCGAGUACAUUGUGCGUACCCGCCUACUGCGCUCCCUGGUUCGUGGUAAACCGGUCCAAGCCAUCGCAUCUCCGAGCUCUGCACGCGCAGGCCAUGCUCACACAGCUGUGCCCAUCGUCAUGUACAACUCGCAGCUCUUCACGACUAUCAAUCAUCUACACGCCACUUUUGGCAAUGGGCUGAACAAACGUCCGCCGCGCUUCAUCCACGGAGCUGACGAUCAAGGUACCGCGACUAGCAGUGACCCGACAGCCGCCAAGGUCGACCAUUGGGGUCUGUCUGACCCACAGCUCUUUCUUCAAUUCUCGGAGCGCUUUCCUGGUGAUGCUCAGUAUGGUCUUGGACCUGGCGAGGUCGUUGGUGUGCCAAAUGUCAUGGACGUCAGCCAGGCGUACGGCAUGGUACACGGCGAAGGUUCUCCCGGUGGCAUGGUCUACUAUCGCUCCACCGAGGAAAUGCGUGGUCGUUUCUUACUCUUCUCUUCUGCAAUGUCCACGCCCGACCUCGGCAUACCCCGGAUCUCGUCUACAACUGAGGCCAUGACUGCGAUCUGGAUGGCCAAGUCUGCCGCCAUACCCUCUGUCAGCGAUGGCCUUGUCGGCAUGCUCUCUGGCUCUUCACUGGGUGUUCUUACUGCAUACAGUCUGGGGACUUCAACCACCAGCAAUCGCGACCAGCGCUUUGCACGCGGCGAGAUGACUGCUCGGUGGGUCCUCAGCCCCGGCGUUCCGCUAAUCGCCAUCGCCGUCGACAAUGAGUACAGCAUCAAGCGCUAUGCUCAGAACCGCACCUGGGCAGUGGUUCUCGACGCUCUCGGCGAGGUCUUCUACCUCACCAAGUUCCCGAAGAGACCGCCGAUCGAGCGUGGCACCAAGCUUGACGACGAAGGUAUUGAGCGCUACGCUUGGCUCACUGGACGAAGCGUCUACUGGAACGUUGUUGAGCCAAGCCGUCGCACUGCAAAGCCAGACCCAUAUGCGGAGUCUUCUGUCGAUGGAAGCUAUUCGCCUCGCACAUCCUGGAACGGCAUGUGCUUGAGCAAGGAGCAAAUCCAGGCCGAGACUCGCGAAAUCGAGGCGUUCGCCGCUCGGAAACCGAGAGAUUUCCAGAAGCUGUGCCAUGGCUGGGACAUGCGACGCCGGAUGGUAGUGGACUUCGCCGGUGAUGACAAUAACAACGCUGGCGAGAAUGUCGUGGUCUUCGACUGUGGUCUGGAAGAGGACAGCACCGCAGCCGUCAAGCGAUACUCUCGUUGCCGUUUCCAGGAGCGGUCAGGCUACGAUGCCGCUUCAACGCCACCACUGACCACUGGCAGCACGCAGUCAUCUACACCGCCGUCAAUGUUUGGUGGAGGGUCUCCAGUAACUGCUCCGUUACAGUCAUUCUCAUUCGAUGGCCUGGAAGAGUCGCUUUCUCAAGAAGACCUCGCUGGUUCCCUCACCCCAAGGCCUAUGGUCGAAGAAUGGCGGACAUCUCACAUGAGCUUCGGCGACCUCAAAGGCGUAGAGAUCCUGGCUACAAGCAUCGACUUCUCCACUUUUGCGACGCAAACAAUAUCUGAAGAUCCGUUGCUAAGCUUUACUGGUCGAUCAACUGCGUCUUCGCCCUCGCUCACGCCACUUUCGCCCACGGAGUCUUUCGCCAGCCCCGCCGACAUGCCAGGCCAGCGCGCUCGUCUCUUUGCUGCUGGCACUGCGACUGGGAGUGUUGUGAUCUGGAACAUGCGGGCGCCGGUGGCGAGGUCCGGGGAUACCGCGAACACUGUCGAGCCAGUCCGCAUCAUCUACACGGACUCGCCUCAGAUUUCGUGCCUGGGUCUUUCUGCCUUGUACCUCGUUCACGGUGGCAAUGACGGUCUGGUGCAGGCCUGGGAUCUACUCGCCUCGAACAUGCAGCCUGUUCGGACGCUCAACUCCCGCUUCUCAUCUCGCGCUCGACGCAGGCUCGUGCAAGCUCAAGCCUCUCCACAGGGUGUUGGCAUCAAUCUGUUUGCGGCCGGCGCAAUUUGCCUUGAUCCCGACCCGACUGUGCUUCGCGGCAUGGUCUCUCUCGGUACCCAUCUGCGCUACUGGUCCUACAGCUCCUCUGCCGCCGACCAGUACAAGUCGAACAAGCGCCGUCUCCGUCGCUCAGAGCGAGGCAGCAACAACGGCGGCGAGCGUUUUUCCGGCGCCACCCGCAGCAACCUGAAAGACUACAUCGCCAACGAGCGCUUCGAGCUCGAUCGCGAGAAGCAGGAGAAGAAGAAGCAAUCGCAGCGCUUCGCUGGUCGCUUCGGCACUCAGCUUCUUGAUGGCAGCGAAGAAGAGAUGCUUGCCUACGCCGCUUUGCUAAGCCAGGAAUCCCUCGAGCAGGAAACUCUUCGGCGCUCCUCCGACCCCAGUACAGCAGUCAGCAGCACCUCUGCCACUGGCAAAGUCACGCCAACCAACAGCACCUCUCCUGUCCAGUCCACUCCCAAGACGGACGAUGAGCUCGAUGCAGAUAUGGCCGAAGCCAUUCGCCAAAGUCUGGCCUCUUCCCCUGGCAGUGCACCUGCUUUCGAGAUUCCGAUGAAGCAGGCGAAACCCAAAGGCAAGAAGUCUGGUUCAGCUCGCCAAUCGCCGAAGUCUUCGCCGCCGCUUGCUGCGGGCUCGAGUAAAGCAGACGAAGUAGGGGACUUAGAUUUUGCGAUUCAGCUUAGUCUGGCCGAGGAGCAGAGUCGACAGGACGCAGAGGCUGCUGGGCAGCAGGGCGAGUAUCCGGCGCUCGAAGGGAAGGUGGGUGAGGCUGGUGGGAAGGGGAAAGGGAGAGCUGGGUGA